AGUUUUAUCUUAAUAUCCAUCGUACAUGAUUAAACCAAAAUGUCUUAACAAUAUUAUAAGUCAUGAUAAUGAUAAUGAUAUAGUGUUAGAUAGACAACAAGAAGGAAAAUUAUUAAUAGAACAUCAUAUAUCUACAAAAUUACAAUAUGUUGGAUUACAAGUAUGGCGAGGUGCAUUAUUAUUAGCUGAUUAUAUUUUAUCAAAUCCUAGUUUAUUCAAAGAUAAAAUAGUUUUAGAAUUAGGUGCUGGAGUUGGUUUAACCAGUAUAGUAACUAGUUUUUUAGCAGAAGAAGUAAUUUGCACAGAUAUUGAUGUCAAAGGAAUGUUGAAAUUAAUACAUAGAAAUUUUAUACGGAACAAAAAUUAUAUUAAAGCUAAAAUUUAUAUUAAAGAAUUAAAUUUUUUAAAUUUACAAUCAUUUAUAUCUUAUAAGAAAAAAUUAGAUAAAGUAAAUGUUAUUUUAGCUGCAGAUGUAAUUUAUGAUAAAACUAUAACUGAAGGAUUUGUUCAAACAUUAAAUGAACUUUUAAAUUCAGAUAUAUCGAAAGUUAUUUAUAUUGCUUUAGAGAAAAGAUAUGUUUUUACUACAACUGAUAUGAAAACUACUGCACCUAUGUACGAAGAAUUUUUAGGACUUAUUGAAGCAAAACAUUUUAAUUGGCAUAUUGAAUAUAUUAAAAUAGAUUUUCCACAAUAUUUUAAGUAUAAUAGAAUAAAACAGAUGGUUCUCAUGAAAAUAGAAAACAAGUUAAAUAAAUAAUGUAAUUUAAUAUAUAACAUAUAUAACAUAUUCAUGAACAUAAGAGAAAUAUUAAACAGUAAACAUAUAAUUGUAAAAAUCUUGGAUAAAUUUAGAAUAUUAUUAUAAAUUUUCUCUAUUAAUAACUUUAUAAAUGAAAACAAAGUUUUUAUAUUCUUAUUAAUUUUCCAUUAAUUAUAAUAAAAGUAUAUGUAGCAU